UCUGCUCCCGGAACCGCUCGGCGGCAGCCGGCGGGGAAAGCAUGGCCGCCUCCUCCAGAAGGAAGAGUAAGGGGCGCUCGGCCCCGGGAGGAGGAGGAGGAGGCGGCGGUAGCUCGCCGCGGGUUGCCCCGCUCCCCGGCCCCGCGGAGGGCGGGCUGCUGGCGCUGGGUGUCGCCGAGGCGGUGGAAGGAGGAGAUGACAAAGUUCCAAAAAUGUUGCGAAGAGCCCUGGCCCAGCUGUCGCUGAGCAGCAUGAAGUCCGCAAACAUAUGCAUAGGUCGCCCGGUCUUGCUUACCUCUGCUGAUGGGCGGCAGGAGGUCUGUACUGCUUGGCCUACCACAGGCUUUCCAGGUGGGAAAGUUGGGCUGAGUGAAACCACACAGAAGAACCUGAAAGUAAAUCCAGGUGAUGCUGUCACUGUGCAGCCUGUGACCGGUGCAGUUAUCCAGGCAGAGGAAGUCGAUGUGAAGUUGAGGGACAAAGAUGCCACCAUUAAUGCUGAGGAGAUGUCUGUCUGUCUACUGAGAAACCUAGAUGGGAAAAUAGUUUUACCAGGAAACUUCUUGGCUUUCACUUUCUAUGGCAAACCUUGUAACAUCAUGGUGAUGAAAGUGAAAGGAACUGAUGGUGCAGAGCUGACUGCACAGGACAGUGCCAUUUCUGGUGACAUGCAUGAGCCAGACCUUGAAAGAUCUGAUUUGGAGACAAGUACGUUAGAUUUGUCCUUACAGCUUGGCAAGAUGGACAUUGACGGUAGUCCAGAGGUUGCAUCCAUGAGCACACCAAGCAAACCGAUGGAUCCAGGUUCACCAGUUACACCCAGUUCUGCUGUGGCAGCCAGCGGUCAAGACUCUGGUCAAGGAGAUAAAACCUACAGCAAGGGAGAUGGUACAGACCUCACCGAUGAUUUGGAGUUGGCUGGGAAAGGAGGCAGUGAGGGACUCCCGCUAACUGGCAAAACUGGAGCAAUAAGCUGUACAGACAGUUUUUAUUUCAUUUCUUCAAGAACUAGAAUCAAUUUUAUUGAAACGAGGACCAAUGUAGCAGAAGAUGUUGAUUGUGAAUCCCGAGUCACCUAUGAUAUGAUAGGAGGUUUAAGCAGCCAGCUCAAAACUAUUAGAGAAACAGUUGAACUGCCCUUGAAGCAAGCUGAACUGUUCAAGAGUUACGGAAUCCCUCCUCCUAGAGGAGUGCUGUUAUAUGGCCCUCCAGGUACCGGGAAGACUAUGAUUGCCAAAGCCAUUGCAAAUGAGGUUGGCGCUCAUGUUACCGUUAUUAAUGGUCCUGAAAUAAUAAGCAAGUUUUAUGGGGAGUCUGAAUCAAGAUUACGUCAGAUAUUUGCUGAAGCUUCUCUGCGUCGCCCCUCCAUUAUAUUUAUUGAUGAGUUGGAUGCACUCUGUCCAAAGAGAGAAGGGGCUCAGAAUGAAGUUGAAAAGAGAGUUGUUGCUUCAUUGCUGACGUUAAUGGAUGGCAUUGGCUCAGAAGGCAGCGAAGGGCAGCUCUUGGUACUUGGGGCCACUAAUCGUCCUCAUGCACUGGAUGCAGCACUGCGCAGACCUGGGCGUUUUGAUAAAGAGGUAGAAAUUGGGAUUCCUAAUGCCCAAGAUCGUCUGGACAUACUCCAAAAGCUUCUCAAGAACGUUCCCCAUUUGCUCACAGCCGCGGAGUUGGCACAACUGGCUGAUAGCGCACAUGGUUAUGUGGGUGCGGACUUAGCAGCCUUGUGCAAGGAAGCAGGUUUGUACGCAUUGCGGAGAGCACUGGGGAAAAGACCUAACCUAUUAGACAACGAGGUGGCUGGGUCAGUGAUGAUUACUUUCAAUGACUUCCUGCAGGGGAUGAAUGAUGUCAGGCCCAGUGCCAUGAGGGAGGUGGCAGUUGAUGUGCCAAAAGUAUCUUGGUCAGACAUAGGAGGGCUAGAAGACGUCAAGCUGAAAUUGAAGCAGGCAGUUGAAUGGCCUCUCAAACAUCCUGACUCCUUCAUCCGAAUGGGGAUUCAGCCUCCAAAAGGGGUGCUGCUUUACGGACCUCCUGGAUGCUCAAAAACAAUGAUAGCAAAAGCUUUGGCUCACGAAAGUGGUCUCAACUUCUUGGCAGUGAAGGGACCUGAGCUGAUGAAUAAAUAUGUUGGUGAGUCUGAACGAGCAGUGAGAGAGAUCUUUAGGAAAGCCAGAGCUGUGUCUCCUUCAAUUCUUUUCUUUGACGAAAUAGAUGCCUUGGCAGUUGAAAGGGGAAGCUCUUCAAGUGCUGGAAAUGUAGCAGACCGUGUCUUGGCUCAGUUGUUAACGGAAAUGGAUGGGAUAGAACAGCUGAAGGACGUGACAAUUUUGGCAGCUACAAACAGACCGGACAUGAUAGACAAGGCCUUGCUGAGACCAGGACGAAUAGACAGAAUUAUCUACGUGCCGUUGCCAGAUGCAGCCACCCGUGGGGAGAUCUUCAAACUUCAUUUUCAGUCCAUGCCAGUCAGUGACGAAGUCUGCUUAGCAGAGCUCAUUCAGCACACAGAGAAGUACUCAGGAGCAGAGAUACCACGUUUUCCAAGUCCGAAUGGAGCUGGCAAAGGAGGCAGCCGGCCGGCAGAGAUUGAUCACCGACUUUUCCAGGAACAGCUCGACUUUCUGUGCAGCGUGGUCGAUACCACGGGCUUGCGCGUGCCUGACGGCGAGCGUACUGAAAGGCCUCGGUUCAGGAAAGCUGUUCGGCAUGUGCUUCGCUUCAAAAAUGAGGAUAACAGCAGUCUGUAGAGAAGCAGCCCUUCUAGCUCUUCAGGAAGACAUAAACGCCAAAUCUAUCAUGGGACGGCACUUUCGGUACGCACUGACUGUCGUGACCCCAAGGAUUCCUGAUUCGUUAAUCCGGUUUUAUGCAGAUUAUCAGCAGCAAAGUGGACUGCACGCACUUUGAAAAGCAAAUUAAUACAUAGCCCCAUUCACGGUGUGAAUAGCAAAUUUCCUUUCUAAAGCUGUCAAAAGCCAAAGAAUUUUGUAUUUCGAGUGAGUGGAGUGUCCGAAGUUAACUGAAGCGCAGAAUCAUGAUAAUAAAUGCCCAUGUGGAAGUUUGGAGUGUAACAGAGAUCGUCCAAAACUUUGUAUUUUACAAUUUCAGUGGUAUAAUCUGCAUUUUAGAGGUAGUAAGAUUGCUGGUUUAAGUCCGUUUAUCUGAGUGUAUAUCCGUGUAUCAAAAAAUAAUUAUGAAAUUCUGAAUUUUUGAUGGAUUCCUGGUCCUAAAGAGAGUAGCAACAAGUGUCAUUACUGUCUUCAUUUGUUCCUGCCUCAACCACAGUUUAAUCCCAUAGACCAUCCCAGUGAGCCUCAGACCUGGGGAGUGGCCUCACUACAAAAAAUGCUGAAAUUUAUUCUGAAUCAUUUGAUUUAUGUUCUCCAGAAAAGCUGCCAAACAGGCUUGCCGAACAUAGAGUUCUCCGAGAUAAAGCUAAGAUAUCCUGAUUGAUUACAGUGAGACAUUUAUCUUUGGUCUUAAACAACUCCUUUUUACACAUACUAGGAAGGAGGCACCUUAAAAAUUGUACAUCCCUUGGCUAACCUGAAACCACUGCCAGGCAUCAGCGAAAGAUUUUUGGUUGUUGUUUGUUUCCAUCGAAAUAAAUAGGAAUGUUGAUUGGUAAUUUAAAGCUGGCCACUUAAAAUCCUAAUGAAUCCUAAUUAACGAAUAAGAAAACCUCCUUGCAAAAACUGUUACAAAUGACCACAAGAUAGUUCAGGAACAGAUAAAAUCUCUUCUACUUAUUUCUUUGUUAUAUCAAGGACGACAGGUCCUUAUGGGCUCUCUGCUCUUGCACUCAGUAUGAAAUGCAAUUAAGCAAACUUAUUUUCAGCUUUUUUUCCCCACAAUAGAAGGACUCAGCUUUUCUAUCGCAGACAUGAAAAAUAGAGGGAAAGGUAAAGCAAAACCAUUACAAACUUUAAGAAAAAUUAAAAAAAAAAAAAAAAAGUGACAAACCCCUGAAUUUCAGUGGGUAAUUUUGUGUUUUCCUGGUGUUUUUCAGGUAAGUAGCAGAAUUUACAGGUCAAAAUUUUAGCCAAAUCCUGCUUUCACUUGUUGGAGUAAACAAGAAAUAUCAUUUCAGGCUGUAUGUAAGGUUAUUUUUUGAAUUUGUUUAUUGAUGGUUCUGAAGACUUCUCUUUCUUGCAGUCAUUAUAUAUAUAUAUAUUCAUGAGAGAGUAAUAAUUAUUUAGAAAUGUGUAUCAUUUUAUGAGAAAUAUGUAUCUAAGAGAGAUUUCUUCUAUAUUUACUUACAUUAUCAAUAUGAAAUUUAAAAAGUAAUCUCUUGGCCUCGAUUAUGGUUUUUCUCUACUUAAUUCCACGCUGUACACAAUUUUAGCUUUUAAAAAGAAAUCUACUAUUUUUAAAUUACAACUUUUCUGUUACUUUUAUUCUAACCUUUUGUUGCUAUAAUGAACAUUUAAUUUUACUAUCACUGAAAAGGAUUAGACGAUGGGGAAAAGCAGGUUGUUUACUUAGUUCAUCUGAUGUAUGUGCAGGUUUUUUCUUUUUUUCAUUGUUUAACUCUUUAAUAGUACAACAGACAGAGGGAAUUAGGAAAAUUAUAAACUGGAAAAGUUGCCUUGAGGAUCAAGGCUGCAUUUGAAACUACUUUAUCCUUCUUUUCUAGAUUCUAUAUACUCCAACUUGAGGCUCAGGAUGCAAACCAUUUAUCAUAACCAUUAUAUUUUUGACGUUUCCAAAAAUUAAAUGCCAUACCAUUAUCCCCUGGCACUUUCCUCCGGUGUGUGUUCCUGAAGGGAGGAAAGAGAGACCCUCAUUUUUACUGCCAAUAACGAAUUCUGUCUGUAAUUUUGUAUCCUAAAAAUAACACUACGUGAUGCUCCAGAUGAGUAGCAAAACUAGAUCGCCAUUCCGUGGGAGGUGCUCAGAUCCCUUGGGAACGUGCGCCAAGGCGCGAAUCUGAACUGAGAAACCCAGAGAGAGACAGGUAGGACCUGGCUGCCCUUUCCAUACGUGGGUCCUGUUGCCAUCAGAGGGAAUUUUGCACGUUGAAUUUUAGGACAUUAGGAGAGAAUGCUGGCCCAUGACUGCUGUUUGUGCCUUGGGGGAAAAAACCCAUCCCUGCAAGCGUUUAUCCUCUCAUCCACAUGGUACCACAUUCAUCCACGUGGUACCAAAUCUCUCGACACAUACCUACGUGCCUGAAGUGAUUUUAAAUGUAGGAAGCUCCCCCUUUUAUCGUUGGGUUUGUGGAACUUGAUUUUUAAAAAAAAGUGAGAUACUCUUUAAAAAAUUAAGUUAUUGCAAAUUUGUGAAGUCCCUAGAAGGUUUAUGUUGCUCCUAAAUACUCUGCUUGGCCACUCGAAAUCUUACUCUGUCCCAAGCCACAGAUAAGUUGAGAUUUAAAGAAAGGUACGAUGAUUCCCCUUCUCGUUCCUAAUGACAGAUCACUGUUACUGUGAACUAGCAACUUGAAACCCUCUUAUCAGAAUUCUGGAAAGUAACCAAAAAUCCAGUUUUGGUCAAAGCACAUCAGCAACGUAGUCCUUUCAUAAUCCAGUCCGGUGAGCACUUUUGCACCCUCAGCCUCUCAUUGGAACUUACUGAUGAGGGCACUGUAGGACAGGGCACUUCAAAAGUAUCUUCUGUUAGCCUGUCAUUUAAAUGAGUGGCUUUUAAUUCAGAGCUGAACUUUUCACAGCAUGUUUUACCGAACACAUUGUGCCUUGGCACCAAAUCAAAUUGCUUGCAGCGUGAGGCCAUAUAAGCCUGAACACCUCUACGCUUCAGACUAAAUCAAAGAUAGAGGCGUUCUUUCUUCUGCUGGGUUAAUCACGUUUAUUGUUGUUUGGAUGUUUCCCUGAGAUUAAUUUUAAUAAAACGAUAGAGGCUCAGUGAACGGAAGAGAAUGCAUGUGAGAAGAACAUCUCCCUCCAUCCUCUCUUUAACUGCUGAAGUGGUUUCUAGACUUAUUUCUUUAUGUUCUUUAGAAAUACAGUCUUUUUCCUGCCUGCCAUUAUCUUUUGGAGCCAGUUUUUGGCCCAAAUACUGCUUGAGUUGCAGAAUUGUUAACAUUAAAUCAGCUUUUCAAUGUUUCAGGCACA